GCCGACGGGUAACUAUCAAUGUGCCUCCCCCGAAGCGUUGACCCCGCAGUUUCACUCGUUCUCGGAUGGAAGGGGGUCCUGGAGGAUAUAUAAGGGGGCUCGACGGGAACGCUCAACUCCAGAUCAGCUCUCUCGAGCAUCUGCUUCCCCUCCUUCAGCAGAUUGGUGAAGAUCCUCGUCAUGGUCCUUGCAGUGCUCCCCAUUGCCUCGGUCGCCUUAAUCUUCGGCGCAUCCGGAGUAUUGGGUUUCGACAAUUCUGCCACUGAUAACUUGGCUGUUUAUUGGGGUCAGAACAGCUACGGUGCUACGCACUCCAGCGACACCGCUAACUGGCAAACCAACCUAACACACUAUUGCCAGGAUGACACCAUCGAUGCCAUUCCUAUGGCAUUUUUGAACGUCUUCUUCGGUACCGGCGGCGAGCCAUCCCUGGAUCUUUCCAACAUCUGUAAUGUCAAUGACGAUGCCGUGUUCCCCAACACGCAACUACCGGACUGUUCUUUCCUGGCCUCCGAUAUUCAGACGUGCCAAUCUAAGGGCAAGAUCGUCACCAUGAGUCUGGGCGGUGCGACUGGCGCGAACGGCUUCUCGUCAGACGCCCAGGCCACCGAAUUCGCUACCACCAUCUGGAACCUCUUGCUGGGUGGAUCCAGCGACAUCAGGCCCUUCGGUAACGCUGUCCUUGACGGAAUCGACCUCGACAUUGAGGGUGGUUCUGCGCAGUACUACCCGACCUUCGUCAGUGCGCUUCGCACUCUGAUGAACGGCGGUUCCAAGACUUAUUACAUCACCGGCGCGCCCCAAUGCCCAUUCCCAGACGCCUAUCUCGGCAGCGUCAUCAAUGCCGAAGGUUUCGAUGCGCUUUACGUCCAAUUCUACAACAACUACUGCGGCCUGCAGAACUACGACAACGCCAACGAUUGGAACUUUGACCAGUGGGACAGCUGGGCGAAGUCCACUUCACCCAACAAGAACGUGAAGAUCUACAUUGGCGCCCCUGCAUCAUCUACCGCCGCCGGCUCCGGAUAUGUCGAUGCUGCCACUCUCGGUAGCAUCGCUCAGGCCAUGAAGGCCCAAUACUCGUCGUUCGGAGGCGUCAUGCUGUGGGAUGCUUCUCAGGCUUACGCCAACAACCGAUAUGACCAGGCCAUCAAGAGCUACCUCACUGGUGGCUCAUCCGCUCCCACCAGCACUUCUUCUGGCACUACCACCUCCGCGCCAACUUCCACGACCACGACCACGACCUCGACGGCUUCCACCUCUACUACCACCACACCUUCGGGAAGCUGUGGAUCUCUAUCGGCUUGGGUGGCUAACGUUGCUUACACUGCGGGCGACCAGGUUCUGUAUAACGGUGACGUCUGGACGGCGAAUCAAUGGAACUACGCUGAAACCCCUGGAGGAUCCUCCGGCGCCUGGGACGACAACGGUCCUUGCGCCAACACUGCAGCCAAGGCUGGCCCCGUCUCAGCUGCCAAGUUCACCAUGCUUACAACCACUGUGACGUCGAGGUCCACAUCCACUCCAGAGGCCGUGAAGGUCGUUGUCCCGGUCGUUCAGACCAACGUCCCCGCCAAGCGCUCCCGUCUCUUCCAGUUCUAAUUUAGUGGGGUGGAUGUCCGGCACAACCGCCCUUUCGCCACAAGACAAGACACGACCAGCACCAUUCGCAGCAAUCUUCGAUCCUUGCACCUCUAUUUAUUUACUUCGUUCGUUUUGGAUGUAGCACUCCCUCGUGUAUCAUUGCUCCAGAUAGAAGGGCUGAAUAACACUGACCUGCAUGGGCUUCCACACACAC